AUGUCGGCGCUCGAUGACAUGGCUAUCGCCAACGGCGGUCAGCUGGCGGCUGACCGCGAUGCAUCAUCGUCAGCCCCACCAAACACUCAGAUCCUGACGGGGAAACAAGAACACUACCUCAAGCGUGAGCUCAUCUCCCGCCAGGUUCGCGGCGAAAUCUCCGAACUCAACUCCCCGACUGCGCUUCAACGCUUUGGCGCACCCUUUCGUUCCGACUUUGGCGAAGUGGCUCCAGUCGACUCCGAACUACCUAUUCUGCGAUACAUCUUUGUGCACCACGUUCGCAACUUCCCAUUCCUUGACAAAGCUCAAGAGAAGCAAUUUUGGCAGGACAAACUACAAGUGUUCCUCGAGUCAUUCGCCAACAAGCAUGUCUCGUCCUCAGAAGAUCGUUUGGAGGAGACAAAGCGCCGGAAGCUCGCCCGUAAGAGUGAGAAGCUAGUGGAGCUGAUGAUGGUAUCUGGAGUCCCGACCGCGUCGGGUUACGAAGAGCGCAUCUCAUUCUCGGAGAUGGAGGUCGUGGAGCGGGGUGCCAGUGAAAAGGGGCUGUUGGUUAACAUGCCCGAGGGCCAUGCCAUCAACGGCUGGGACGUUAAUGUGGCCGCGGUCCGGGUGACUUCGAUCAAGCGGACCGUCCGAUAUCAUCCUCAUGCAGAAUUCAUUCUCCGCGUACGUCAAGAAGGAAAGGGGGAGAUUCAUGUCGGCCGGAGAUACGGUGAAUUUGUCAGACUUCAUCGCAGGCUGCGCACGGAAUUUCCGGGAAAGUAUCUACCACCGUUGCCGCGCAAGAACAAGUCAUCCACAACGUCCAGCUGGUUUGGUACAGCAGACGACGACAAUGUGUCCAUCUCGUCGCAGUCAACACAGGGCAAUGGUUCCGACGAAGCGAUCCCGACUUCGAAAGCGUCGCUCGCUGCGGACAGUGUCCGUCGUUCCCUGUCCAAAAGCUCGCUGCGAUCCUCCAGGUCUCCGCGCGCAUCGACUGAGGUCGUAUCGCGGGAGACGGUGCUGUAUCGUGAAGAGCAGCGAGUCUCUCUCCGUGCAUUCUUGAGAACUCUGUUGCAGAACAAACGCAUCGCCGAAUCCAAGGCCGUCGAGGAAUUCUUGACCGCCAAGCCAGUCACUCUGAAUGAGGAAGAAUGUGCCGAUAUCCAGAAGCGAAAGGACAUGGACGCUGUGCGAAUUGAGGAGCAGAAGAAAUUCUACGAAAUUGCCCGGCAACGUGCCGCUGAACUGGACGUGUACAUGGAACAGUUCCGCAGGGACAUCGUGGAGAGUAAUGGGUUGACGAAACUCUUUGCCGAGAUACGGGACAAAUCGUGUAUUGCGGAGCUGAGCCCUCAAUAUCAAAAGUUCGCCGAGUGGCUCAGGAUCGAGGUUGCCGCGACGGUGUACCAUGUGUUCCUCGCCGAAGACAAUUCGCCGGAAAUGUUCGCUCAAUUCAAGCGAAUCCACGGUCUGGUACCUUACACCCUGAUGAAGAACGUAAUUCGUAUUGCCAACCCGGCGGCCGUGAUGUCCAGUGUGCUCGACAUUUUCCUCGCACAGCCCUUUGGUUCGCGAUCGCUAUUACAACGGAUCUUUUCAAUGACACUGCAUGAAGGCAUCAAAGAUUUCCAAAAAUCGAUCGGUCCCUUGGCUGCCAAGAUUGAUGACCCCAUCUUGACGGGAAAGCUAAAGAGUUUUGUUGACGCAGACGAGGCGGUCAAGAACAUUAUCCGAGAAGAGGCAGAGGACGAGGACGUGGAUAUUGUGGUUGCCAUUCUGCGGUCGGAACUCAUUGAGCCUGCGCUGACUGCCGACCAAAUUGGCCGGGUGUUCAACGGCUGGGUGGCCUGGAACCAUGCGGUGGACAACGUUGAUCUGGAGAUGCAGCAGGGAGCCCAAUGGUUUGCCAACAUGAAGCAGCUCCUGAAGCUGUACACCCGUCAGCGCGAUAAGGCGAUGAUGCUCAGCAUUGUGGAGGAACCCGUGACGCUGCAGCUGUUCCGUGACCUGUUCACCAUCUUCUACGAGCCCCUCGUGCGGGUCUACAAGUCUGCGAAUGUGUACAGCAGCAUCACCGACUUUGCCCAAUUUGCCGACGACGCGAUCGCUGUGAUCGAAAGUGCCCAGCGUCAGGAUGCUUCGGCCGAUCCGAACCAAACGGUUCAAGCAUUCAUUGACCUCUGUGCCCGCCAUGAGGACAACUUUUACAAGUUCAUCCACGAGGUGCAUCUGCAUGAUAACGGUCUGUUCCAGUCGCUAAUGGCCUGGAUUGAGGAGAUCCUCGAGUUCCUGCGCAAGGGUCCUCGCGGGGGUAAGAUGGACAUGAAUGCUCUCUUCCAGGGGGCUGUCGGUGUUGGCCAGGUUGACAAGGACGUGGCUUUGCAAGAGAUUAACGCCCUGAUCAAAUGGCAGGAAGAUCGUAAGAGGUGGCAUCUGAACAAGACGCGACAGAAGAUGGCUGCCGAAGGAACCGGGGGGGAUACGAUCCCGGGGGCAUCUGCAUUCCACAGUCUUGAUUUUGGGUUGGAUGAGGCCGAUCUGGAAGAUCUCACCAUCUCCGACGAGGCAUCCGACUCGGAAGAUGAAAAUGAACAAGAUGACGAGGAUGAUCCGAUUGCGGUUGAACGGCGUCGCCGCAUCAAGAAACAGGAUCAGCUCCGCCGUACGGCUGGUGAGCCUGUCAAGCCGGAAGUGAAGGAGAUUCCGAAGCUGAUGGAUUCGUUCGUGGUCAUGCUGCGCCAUGUGCUGGCUGAUUGA